CCAGUACACUUAUCUGCGAGACUUGAAAGUUCCCAAAAUGGCGUUAUUUUAGACAACAAUCAUUUGGACACGAAUAACCAUUCUUUGGUUUUAAUUAUAUUGAAGUAUUCUAAAAAAGAUAAGAUAUAUAAAAACAUGGAGAACAGUAUUGGGGUGAGGAAAAGGAGGAACGAUGUGGUCAGUAGAAAUAUUUCCAUGGUUCUUGAAAACUUGCUGAAGCAAUAUGAAAGUUCUCAGUUACCAACUCAUGGAAGAGGAAAGCCAACAUUGAUAAAAACAAAUAUUUUGAUUCGAAGUAUGGGGCCAAUAUCGGAGUUGGAUAUGGAAUACUCUAUGGACUGCUACUUCCGGCAAUAUUGGCGAGAUGAACGUUUGUCAUUUAGAGGACCAAUUCAGUCUCUUUCUCUUUCUAUCAAAAUGCUGGAAAGGAUAUGGCGACCCGAUACUUUCUUUUAUAAUGGAAAAAAUUCAUAUGUCCAUACUAUUACGGUUCCGAAUAAACUACUAAGGAUUUCUCAAGAUGGAGAUAUUCUAUAUUCGAUGAGGCUAACGAUAAAGGCAAAAUGUCCCAUGAAACUCCAUACAUUUCCGAUGGACAGGCAAUCUUGUCCUCUAAUAAUGGGAAGUUAUGCUUAUUCUUCCAAGGACAUAAUUUAUCAGUGGAUGGACGACGGAAGUGUGACAUUUGUACCAGGAAUGACUCUUUCACAAUUUGAUCUUAUCUCAUUUCCGUAUAGAAACCAAACAAUUAGGAGGAGAGAAGGCGAUUUCUCUGUAUUGCAAGUAUCUUUCAACCUCCAAAGACACACUGGUUAUUUCCUGAUUCAAGUGUACGUUCCCUGCAUUUUGAUUGUUGUACUAUCUUGGGUAUCUUUCUGGAUACAUCGCGAAGCUACCAGCGACCGAGUAGGCCUUGGCAUCACCACCGUCCUUACCCUGUCAACUAUAAGUCUGGAUUCUCGAAGAGAUUUGCCAAAAGUCAGAUACGCCACUGCUCUAGAUUGGUUUCUUCUGAUGAGUUUCUUUUACUGUAUAGCAACUCUGUUAGAAUUCGCAGGAGUACAUUAUUUCACCAAGGUUGGCAGCGGAGAGAUACCAAUGGAUGAGGAAGAAUGGGAAGAACUCGAAAAAGAAGAAAUUGUUGGUGCUGAUUCCGGUGAAACUUUCGAGGAGGUGACGCCGCCAAUUUCGACACAGCCCACUAGGAGGAAGAGUUCUUUGGUGUGUCCAAUAGUGAACGAUCCUUCUUCUCCAUAUAACAACAGACGGGCAUCUAGUUAUCAAAUACCAAAAUGUAAUGUACGUAACACCGUGGAAAAAAUGACCCAAACUGAAUUUAAAAUACCAAAAUGGCAACAAUUCGUCUACUGCUUGAAGGGCGACGAUAAUUUUCGAAAACAGAGGCAACGAGAAGCAGCAGCCUUGAAUGGAUCUGAUUCUUCUGGUGCUCCUCUGCAUGUGAACAGCGUAUCAUUGAUAGACCGUACAGCUAGAGUUUUCUUUCCUGUUUCUUUCACGUUUGUCAAUAUUUGCUACUGGAUGACAUAUUUCAUGUACCAAGAUGACUUUGAAUGGGAAAAUGCACCGUCGAAUACAUUGAAUUGAAAUUGAAGAAAAUGAAAAGCUGAGCAAUAUUCAUAAAGAUUAUAUGAGAAUAAGUUUCUAACUGAAUAUUGAAAAU